UGUAAUCUUUCAUUUGAUGACAAUAACAUUUUCAAUAAUACCUUGUACUUUUUACUUUCUUUAAAUUUUCACUCUUUAAAUUUGAAAAAACAGGAAAGAAUUAAACACAUGAGUUUCUUAAGUAAUGAAUUCACUCAAAUAUUACCUCAGAAUAAUUUGAACGAAAUGGAUAAUUAUCUCUUAUAAUUAGAAAAAUAUCAACGAAAUACUUUUUGGGACUUAUGAAACGAAAAUGACCACUAUUUAUUAAUGAUCAAUCGUGUAAUUUAAAUUUCAUACAGUUAUUCACCAUUAAUCAUAUAAAUUAAUACUAUUAAAGUAUCUUAAUAGUAUUAAAGCAGUAGUUAAAUAUAUCCUUUUGGUUGCAAAAUUUAUAAAAUAUAUAAUACAGGUGGGAGCAUUUCCAUAACAGUAUAAAUUAUAACUUCCAAUUGUUGGAGUGGAAAUAAAUAAAUGAACGGUUUAUUGUAGCAUAAAAUGUAUAAAAAGAUUAAUAUUCAGUUCAUGAACACUAGUGGCGACUUUGCGAUUGUGAUAGAAUUAAAGGUUAUCAAUAGAUUUAGAGACUAAAUCUGUGCUGUGAAGUAAAUGUUCGAUAUUAAUAUGCAUACUGUAGUUUGAAAAUAUAAAUCCUAGUGAAAAUAGGAUUGUCGAAGUAGGAAAAAAUUUGAAACAUGUCAUCGAGUGGUGAAUUUUCAACACUUUCAAGUGGUGAAGCUACGGGCACUGGCGAUGAUUCUCUGCCGAGUUCGAGAAAAGCUACAGCAGAAGUUGCGGGAUCAAGUGGUGGAUUUGUGCCUCUCAGGGAGUUUCUCGAUAGAUUUUCAUUACCGAGAGUUGUCAGAGUUGAGGAUGCGGGAAGUCGACCGAUACUUUUGUACAAACAACAACAACGAUCAUUGAGGGUGACUGCGACUCUUCUGAUGCAUCGUUAUCGACAUGAUAUUAAAGUUGGUCCAGAAAUAGUCAUUCCCGAAGGAUAUCCUGGUUGGUUUUCUGUUGUGCCAAAUAACAGUCGUACCGGCAGUGCAAGAGUUUACAGAAAAAUUGGUGCUUUAGUGAGAGCGGGUGUUCCGGCUUUUCUUUUGGCAAAACCUCUGCGAGCUUACACUCUUACUCACUCGAAAAUGGAAAAUGGAAAUUUGAGAGCUCACUAUAUAAAAACAAUAGUAAGAGCAGGUGAAGUAUUGCGUUUGGCAGCAGUAUUUCAGGAUACCAGAAGAGCGCCAAUAACCACUGAAGUAACCAGCGUGACGAGUGAUACUUCAGAGAAGAAGAAUUCAAGGUUGUCCGAGCGAGAUCAGUACGCCCAAUGUCUUGACUCCCACGGUCACGAACUAUUCGUGCCUCUCUCUUCUAGAGGUGAAUUUUACGCAACAUGUCAAAGUGGUAGUCUAGACACCGGAAGUGAUGCAGUCCUUUACAGAGUUCAUCAAUUAGCCAAGAGAGAUUUACCAUUACGAGUACGGUUAGUUGCAGGUCCCCUACCGAUUCCUCUGCCACGAGAUUACAGUGGGUUAAUGCAACUUGAAAAUGCAACGCAAGGUCCCAUAGUAUUAGGAUGUGCUGUACCGUUGAUACCAGAUCGACCCUUACCUAACGUUGCUGUCCCGGAGCUUCUGGAAUUGGUUGCAACCGGUCCCGGAGCACCAAGAGUCAAACGAGCUCGAUUAGGUUGCCCAUCUGAAUCGAGACUACUUGCAUCUCCAAAAAUGCAACGAUUACUUUCAGCGUGCAGGCGUGCCUUGGAUCAAAGAGCAACUGAACCUCGUGUAGCGCCACCAAAACUAGUAAAUAGUGGUAAUCAACUGAAAGAACUGCAUUUAAAAGAAAUAAAGUCUCAGUCUGAAGCAAAACCAAUUUUACAAAGUUUAAAAGAAAGCUUAGAACACAUGAAAAAAACAACGAUUCGUGAUCGAAUUCAUUCCAGAAGUAGUGGAAUUUCAAGUAAUCAAAGUUUCCUCGAACGAAUUACAAAAAUUACUCACAGUAGUAAAAGCAGAAAUCCAGCUAAAAAGUCUGCAUCUUUUACCUUUGCUGUUCGACCAGAAAUUGGUAUGAGGGUUCCGGAACGAUAUGGUAGCCUUGAAUCGGAUACAAAUGCAUUAGCACCAAGUGCACAUAAUGAUAAUGCUUUGAGACAGCGUGUACAGAGAUCGAUAUCAACAAGCGUUCUUGAAAUCCAAACAAAAACCGACUCAGACCCGCCUUACUCAAAAGUUAGAGACAGCCUGACUCCACUUCUAUUGACACCACCUCUUAAGUUGGAAGAGAUUUACACAGAAAUUUGUGAACCCACAGACAAUCACUCUGGGAAAAUUAACUGCCGAUCGCCAAAAAUAAGUUCAUCACUUAGUAAAUUAUGUGCCAACGAGAAAGAUCGAGGUUACGUGAAACUUGCUACUCAUUCAGAAGUAUCAGAUGUGUUGAGUAUCCCAAUAGAGGAAGAAAAUAUUUACAACACCGUGUGUUGAGCACCAGAGAAUAAAAAAUUUAGCCUUAGAAUUUAUUUUCUAAGAUGAUAGGAAUGAGUUUUACUUGCUAGGUCGAUUCAAAGCAGUGAAGGAUAUUUAAAAAAAAUGAAGAUGUGCAUAAAUAUCUCGAGUGCUUCGUGAUUGCUCUGGAUCAAUUCACCUAACAGGGAAAGAGGCAAUUAUCUAAAGCAGUACAGUCAGCGAGCCGGCCUUCUGUGUAUUUGCAUGCGAAGAUCUUUGUGCAUUUCUUGUUAUUAUUUUGAUCUGUAUGUUUACGCGUUGCGUGACUCUUGCGAUCUUCUACUUAAUCAUGGAUGUGUUAUUAUGACAUGUUUACUUAACUGUAUAUAAUUUUAAAUGCCUUGAUUAAAGGAGCUACACAGAACAGCUUAUAUGAUACCUGAAACAAAUUCCGUUGACAAAUUAUUUUCAUUUUUUGC